UUAAAAUGAUAUUAUACAACUGUACCAAUUUAAGUGUGUGCUGAAAUCGAGCCAGUUGGCAAUUUGUGUUGUGAAUCGAUCAAAUAUAAUUAAGUAUGCUACGUAUUGUUAGGAAUGCCUCUCAUUCAGUAAUUUCGUGAUUCACUUAAGGUUCUCGUUCAAGUGUUCAGUGUUGGUUAUAAGUUCUAAGUGUGUGUUGCUUAGGUUUUCCUGAAAAAAUUUCCUCUUUUAAAAGGCAAGAAUGGAGCUCCCCGUGUUGGAUAAGUUUUGCUUCGUAUUCGGCUUAAAAACAGGAUGCAUUACUAUGGGCAUAUUAAAUUCAAUCUUUACGUUCACGUUAGCCAUAAUCCUGAUAACCUUCGCGGUGGACAUCAAGGAGGCGUCGGAGGCGGCCAGCAAGCGGGACGACAGCGACGCGACAAUGUCGUCCGUGGUCUACACCAUCGUCGUGCUACUUGUCGUGCUGCUGUUCGUGAAGUUCGUGCUAGAUAUGGUCUUCGUGUUUGCGGUUUAUAAGGCAAGUUCCCACGCAUUGUAUAUUUUGGAUUAG